GUUUUUCGAACGAAUGACAUAACAAACACGAUGGAUUUAUCAAGUGUGUGCCGAUGUUGUUUGUCCCAAGGCUUGGUAAAAAACUUGUACUCCAGCUAUGUAUGGCUGGACACCACCGAAAUAUAUUCGGAUAUGCUGCAGGGUUGUUUCAAUAUUGCCCUGGCCAAGUUGGAGAACGGGAACAUCUGCGAGAACUGUAUCAUGCAACUGCGGAGUGCGAUGCGCUUCAAGCAGCAGGUGCUGGUCUCCGAGAGGCAGUUCCUCAGGCAGCUGCAGUCUUGCGUUGAUAAUGAAGAGAAGCCAUUCGAAGUAAAGGUGGAGCCCAAAUAUGAGCUCUCAUUCGAUGACGACUCCGAUGACUACUUCCUGGCGGAUACAGCCAGAGAAGUUCCCGUGCAGGUGAUCAAGCCCGAAGCCCGGGAGGUGAAGAAGGCUGUCCCGCAGAAGAGGCCCCUCAAGAGGGAGCGGGAGCGCGCCAGGAAGAUCAGGACGCUCGUGAACAGGCUCGCCUCCUCCAUGAAUUCCUGUGAGCUGCCAGACAUAACGACUCUAAAAAAGAAAGAAAUAAACCAGAUCGUCAAGACGGGACGAAAGCAACCCAGACCGGAGCCCCGCGAAAGGAUACCCCGAGAGAGGUUGCCCCGGGAAAGGAUAGACCUCGCUUGGACCUCACGGGUCAAAAACGACAAGAACAAACACAGAGCUAACCUCCAAACUAUACUAACUUGCUCCAACGCUGUACCUUUCAAAAACAAGUCACUUCUAGGCUUCCUAUGUGGGUACUGCGAAGAGCGUUUCCCCGACCCGGCUGAUUUAAGAACUCACACCGAAAAACAACAUAAGAAAGAAGGCUUGGACCACAAAUCUACUUUCGAUAUGACAGAGUACAACGUGAAAUUAGACGUUGGUGAACUAACUUGUACUCUGUGCGAUGAAAAAAUGGACAAUUUAACCGUUCUGAAGAAUCAUUUAGUCAAGGUACAUAAGAAAACUAUUUACAACGAUAUUAAAGAUCAUAUAUUGCAGUUUAAGUUAAAGAAAGGUGAUGUGUACGACUGCGCGCUGUGUACAUCCACUUACGAGACAUUUAAGAUGCUCAAACAGCACAUGAAUAAGCAUUACGCGAAUUAUAAUUGUAAAAAAUGUGGUACCGCUUUCGCUACUAAGCGGUCUUUGAAUUCGCACCGCUCAACUCAUCUGGAAGGCAGUCACAAGUGCCCGCACUGUGACAAAGUGUUCGCUAGUAAAUCUAAACAGCAUUACCAUGUGAAAACUAAGCAUUUAGGUUCAAGAAACGUUUCAAAUUGCCCGUUCUGCAACGAGCCGUUCCGGAGUUACUACCAGCGGAACCAACAUUUGGUUAAAGUGCAUAACUCGGAAGCGAAAUACAAAUGCAAUGUUUGCGAUAAAGCUUAUAUACUAAAGAGUUUACUAAUGUAUCAUAUUAAGAAAACUCAUCUAAUGGAAAGGAAUUGCCAGUGUACCGAAUGUGGCUACAAGUUUUUUAGUAAGAAAGCGCUGAAUGCCCAUAUGGUAAAGCAUACCGGGGAAAGGAAAUAUUCGUGUGAAGUUUGCCACAAGUCUUAUGCGAGGAAGUAUACGCUCCGGGAACACAUGAGGAUACAUAAUAAUGAUAGACGGUUUAAGUGUGACGUUUGUGCAAUGACUUUCGUACAGAAGUGUAGUUUGAAGAGCCAUCUGCUGUCGAAUCAUGGUAUUAGUAUGGCUGCUUGCGAUAUAGCUUCUACCGAAUAGU